AUGAAUAGCAUGUCCAAUAGGGAUUCUCACAAACUCCAGGAGAUUAGAUUAGCAAGGGCAAAACUCAACACAUAUAAGUCAUUCGAUGCUGAGGAAGAUUUUGAGUUCUGUCCUAUCGUAAGCUCUCAGCGCUACACCAAAGAUCAUCGCUCGACCUUGCAUUCGCCUCAGGGCCUUAAUCAGAUAGACUCCGCCUCCCUUUUCAAGAUCUUGGCCGCCGCAGAUCAGCAGCCGCCAAAGCUGCCCCAGAUCGAGCAAAUCCCUGCUUUUUGUCUCCCGCAAAAUACCAUAGCACCUCGCCAAACUCACGCAGAGCAUAGCUCGAAACACCCAAAAUUCAAUUAUAUCUCAGAUACACCAACAACGGGAUCUGAAGCAGCGUCCUCCAACGCUUCGUCGCUCAAAUUUCACUCGGUGUCUUCUAAAGCUGCAGAACAGCUCCAAUCGAUUUACUCGAUCGCCGAGGAUAAACAUCCUGGCAGAAUGCGAAUUGUUUCGGGUUGA